GUGUCAGCACCCGGUGAUUCCCACAGCACUGCAUCCUAGGGGCAGCUCCAGCUGCUCUGGGGCCAGAGGGGGCAGCUCGCUGACUGGGGCUGGCCGCGGACACCCUGGCUGCUGGCCUGCAUGUGGUUCCCCAAGUACUCGCUGGGCAUGGGGGCAGGGAGAGUCCUCCUCCUGGGCUGGGGGCUGAGGCCAAUCGGCAGCUGCCCUCCCUCAGCUCGGACCCCACACAGCUGGGCCUCAGGAGCCCACUGAGGGCCAAGUCCGACCCCGGCCCGGCCCCCCAGCCCCUCCACAGCAGGAGAAGGCCGCUGCCUUGCCUCGGGAUGGACCCUCGCCCCUCUGGCUUUGUCCACUUUCUCAGGGCCGGCCGCAGCAGGAUGGACGCCCGGGAGCAGGCGACCUGGGCCAACGGGAGCCGGGCUCUGCCCACGCCCCUAGCGCCCAACAUCAGCCUGCCACACCGCUGCCUGCUGCUGCUCUUCGAGGACUUCGGCACCUCCAGGGUCCGGUACUGGGACCUCCUGCUCCUCGUCCCCAAUGUGCUCUUCUUCACCUUCCUGCUCUGGAAGCUCCCAUCUGCACGGGCCAAGGUCCGCGUCACCUCCAGCCCCAUCUUCAUCACCUUCUACAUCCUGGUGUUCGUGGUGGCGCUGGUGGGCAUCGCCCGGGCUGUGGUGUCCAUGACCGUCAGCACCUCGGACGCCGCCACAGUGGCUGACAAGAUCCUGUGGGAGAUCACGCGUUUCUUCCUGCUGGCCAUCGAGCUGAGCGUGCUCAUCCUGGGCCUGGCCUUCGGUCACCUGGAGAGCAAGUCGAGCAUCAGGCGGGUGCUGGCCAUCACCACGGUGCUGUCUCUCGCCUACUCCGUCACCCAGGGCACCCUGGAGAUCCUGUACCCCGACGCUCACCUCUCGGCUGAGGACUUCAACAUCUAUGGGCAUGGCGGCCGCCUGGACGCCACCACUUUCCUGUACUUCAGCUUCUUCGCUCCGCUCAUCUAUGUGGCCUUCCUCCGCGGCUUCUUCGGCUCGGAGCCCAAGCUCCUCUUCUCCUACAAGUGCCAAGUGGAUGAGACCGAGGAGCCGGACCUGCACCUGCCGCAACCCUAUGCCGUGGCCCGGCGGGAGGGCCCGGACACGGUGGGAGCCGCAGGGCCCAGUGCCGCCUGCUACUCGAGCACGCAGUUUGACUCGGCGGGUGGCAUGGCUUCCCUGGACGAUGUGGCCUCCAUGCCCUGCCAUGCUGGGAGCACCAACAGCACCGACAGUGAGCGCUGGAGGGCCAUCAAUGCCUGAGGGCCGUGCGGACCGGCCAGGAGGGCCCUGCUGCAGGGCCAGGCGGCUGGGCCUUCCAGGGCACCAAGUGGCCACCCGGCUGGAGGGCCCUGCUGCAGGACCAGGCAGCUGGGCCUUCCAGGGCACCAAGUGGCCACCCCAGCUGGAGGGACCUGUGCCACCUGCUCUCAUCUGCUCUGUGACAUGGCCUGGCUGCACCCCAGGGCCAGGCGAGCCAAGGGCACCUCCUUUCUCCAAAGUCUGGGCUCCCAGGGCUGGGCUGGCCCUCCUCAUCCCCACCUGCCACGUGGCUCUCUGGCCUCAAAGCCACCAGUGGGUGGGCUCAAGUGCAUAUAUUUUCUCAAUCUAUUUUUUAAUAAAAAGGAAAGGAACAGGA